GGAGGGGGCCAGGGCCCAGGAGCAGCUGCGCGCCCCGCCCCGCGGGCUCCUCCCCACCGCCGCGGCCCCCAGGCUGCUGUCCCGAUGCGCUGCGCCCGGAACCCAGGCCGAGUCGCCGCCGCAGCUGUUGGGGCGCCCAGGCCAGGUGACGCUGCAGCUGCCCGCGCCCCUCUCAGACCCCGACGUCCACAUGGAUCCCCCGCAGGGCGCUGGCCCGGGAGAGAUCGUUAAGGAGGUUGAGGUCCCGCAGACCACCCUGGGUGUCCCAGCCCAUGGGACAGUGGACAGCUGCCAGUCACCUGUGCUGGAAGAGGAGGUGGGCAUUCCUAUCCCAGCGCCAGGGCUCCUGCAGGUCACGGAGAGGAGGCAGCCCCUGAGCAGCGUCUCCUCUCUGGAGGUGCACUUUGACCUCCUGGACCUCACUGAGCUGACCGACAUGUCCGACCAGGAGCUGGCCGAGGUCUUUGCUGACUCAGAUGAUGAGAAUCUUACCAGUGAGUCCCCUGCAGGUCUGCACCCACUACCACGGGCCGGCUGCCUGCGCUCCCCCUCCUGGACAAGGAUGAGGGCUGAGCAGAACCGUGAGAAGCAGUCCCUGGGUGACCCUGAGCGGCAGGCUGCAAUCCUGGACACAUUUCUCACAGUGGAGGGGCCCCAGGAGGACUAGGCCAUC